AUGCGGGAGUCUCUCCGCCGAGCAGCCACUUCGCAUCUGGCGCUCCUCUCUCCAGAGGAGGCCGUGGAGGAGGCCUUGCCCGUGCUGGUCCUGGCUGCAGAGGCCAUUGCUGACUGCCUCUCCUUUGGAAAGCCGUUGAGAAGGACCAGGGCGGCCGCUAUACAGGAGGUCUUCCUGCAGGAGAGCCCUGAUGAGAGCGACGAAGCAGCGGCUCGCUGCAAAGCCAUCCGAGAGGCCUUCGCGGACGAAGUGCACAAAGCAGUGCUGACGAGCCCCUCCGCGGUGGUCGCCAGACAUGUAGAGGAGUGCACGUCUGGCUUCAAGCAGCCGGUCCGUGUGGAGGUGAGGGGCACUGCAGGUCGUGCCCUCACGGAUCGGGCAUUUGCAGUAGGUGCCAAGGGCGAGUGCGACGUCCAGGUGCUCGGAGACCUUGGGGUGCUGCCCCUGCAGUUCCUGGUCAUCAAGCUGCCUUUCUGCAGCGUGAUCGCAGAUUUCUGGUCCGAUUGCGCGACGCGCGUCACAUGGCGCAUGAGCGCAAAGGAUCCAGGAACUCCGCUUUUGCCUGGAGAGCAAGGCAGCUGCUAUGUCAUCGCCAAUGACGAGAGAGUAGUCCUGCACAUCGGCGCCCACUCCACAGUUGCACUGGGGCCAUCUGCACACCAAAUCCAGAAAGUGAGGAAGAAAGCAGCCAGAACAUUUGAAGAGGCGUUCUCAUCUCUCGAUUGUGUGCAGGUCGUUUCCAAGUGCAAGAGACGGAGCUCCUCGGCGAGCACCUCUUGUGGGUCCCUUGUGGACGACUCUGGCGACAAGCCGGAUUCAUCCGUCUUCGUCGUGUCACGCUCGAUUUCGCCGGCGCGCAGCGUGGACGGGGUGGUGAUUCUUUGA